UAACUAUGUAUAGUGUAUACUACCAUAGAAGAUUAUUUUUCAUGAAAUGUCUGAGUCAGAAUCUCUACUUCAUUUCAUUAAAUCAAAAUAUUGACAUACAAUCUUUCUAUAUAUAGGAAUUGGUAUAUUGAGAUUUGAGAUUAUUUAUUAGUAGGAGUACUAAUUUGUAAAGAGAUGUGGCUGUUCAAGAGAAAUGGGCCUUCUGGAUUUUCUUCUGCUUCCACAGCUGAGGAAGUAACCAAUGGAAUUGAUGCAUCUGACCUCACUGCCAUUGUUACAGGGGCAUCAAGUGGUAUAGGAUUAGAAACAGCACGUGUUCUUGCAAAGCGUGGUGUUCAUGUUGUGAUGGGAAUAAGAAAUAUGGGUGUUGGAGAGAAAGUGAAACAAGGGAUCAUCAAAGAGAAUCCAGCUGCUAAGAUUGAUGCCGUUCAGUUAGAUCUCAGCUCCAUGCACUCUGUUCGAAAUUUUGCAUCCCACUUUAAAUCUUCAGGUCUACCGUUGAACAUUUUGAUUAAUAAUGCUGGAAUAAUGGUGCCGCCUUUCACACUGUCUCCAGACAACAUAGAGCUGCAGUUUGCUACAAACUAUUUAGGUCAUUUCCUUCUAACACACUUGUUACUGGACACGAUGAAGAAGACAGCCCGUGACACGAAGAGGGAGGUGAGGAUUGUGAACCUCUCCUCAGUGGCUCAUCGUAGUUCGUACAGAGAAGGAAUCCGAUUUGACAAAAUCAACGAUGAAAAAAGUUAUUCCAAGCUUUAUGCAUACGGCCAAUCAAAACUUGCUAAUAUACUGCACGCUAACGAGCUGGCUAGACGGUUAAAGGAAGAGGGUGCAGACAUAACAGCAAAUUCAGUUCAUCCUGGAGUAAUCACGACCAAUCUUUUCCGUCACCUUGGUAUUUUUGAAGGUGUAGUGAGCAGCAUUGGUCGACUGGUGCUCAAAAACGUUCAACAGGGGGCCUCAACUACCUGUUAUGUGGCGUUGCAUCCACAGCUCAAAGGUGUCAGCGGUCAAUACUUUUCGAACAACAAUUUGGACAAGGCAGAUGCCAAGGCUACUGACAAAGAUUUGGCUGCUAAACUUUGGGAUUAUACAAUGGACCUGAUAAAUAAAUAGGAGUAAAUCAUUAUAUGUAUACCAAAGAAAAUAAGACGCAAACACACACACACACACAAAAUGUACAAUUUGAGAGAGUUGAUGCAAAUCUGGAUUUGUUAUA